AUGGAGCCAAAAUACACAAAAUAUGUUCUUGGGAGAGUGAACUCUCAAUCUUACCAAUCUUCUUUUAAAAGUGUGAUACCCGAGCUCUCAUGUUCAACUGAAAAUUGGAGAUUCUUUUAUCUCAACAUGUUUGUCUAUAAUCUCAAAAACUCUUUUGCGGAACGAAAAUCAUUUAUCACUAUUUUCACAUUGAAAUUGUGCUCAUUAAAAGCUUUAGACGGAUAUGUCAUGGAAUGGGACACGGAAUCAUUUAACUUCACAAACGACUUUUAUAUCGGUCACGAAGGCACCGUUAACGGUAUUACAGACGAACAGAAUUGUAUAGCUGUUGUAUGCAACGAUGGAAGCACAUCCCUCGUCGAUAGAAGAUUCGGAAAGAUCGUCACACUGGAAACGGCAAAGAGAAAGAGCAGACACUGCUGUUUUUGCCAAAAUAAACUCGCAAUAGGCUAUGAUGAUGGAAUCAUUAAGUUCUGGGAUAUUGUUUCACAGAAAUGGGGAGACUCAAUUGAACAACACAGAGAGGCUAUCACCUCAAUGUCGUCGCGAAAGAAUGAGAUCAUGUCGUCGUCGCUUGAAGGAUCUGUCGCUGUGUGGAAUGUAGAAAAAAACGAGGAGAGGUACCACUUCAAGCUUGACAAGCCAAUUAACAGCUGCAAGUACGUACCAAAUGGAAAAAUGAUUUUGCUAUCGACGUCGAAUGGAGACGCUUUCUUUUACAAACUUGAAAACAACUCCAAGUCCUCGUAUUUUCACGGUUUUUCGAAAAACGUCGAUUGUGUCCCGUUCGAUUUUCUCACAGACACAAGGGAGGGCCAGUUCCUCAAGAAGUUCAUUGUCAGUUCUGACGAAAACCGAAACAUCAACUUUUGGUCUGUUGAAACGAUGAAGUGCGUUGCGACAAUAGAUACACUGGACUCACCAGUAACAGCGCUGUCGUGUCACCCAACUCAGAUGAUUCUGAUCACUGGGGGAAACAUUUCAGACACUUCGAUUAAAUUGUGGAAAUAA